AUGUUAAAUACAAGCAAUUCGGAAUCAGACUCUGACUCGUCGUUUGAUGAGUUCGUGGAGGAGCAAGAGCAGCAGCAAGAGGUUGAACCCCUCAACUUUGAAGCGCCAGAAGUGAGAAUCACUCCGCCCUCAAACCAGAGAAUUGAUCUCGUGAUGAGUGAGAUUUUCAAUGAAAGCCGAACAGAUUUUGACUCGAAAGCCAAAUCUGUUAUCGGUGACAGAUGCAGAACGCUACUGGAUAGACUAGUACAGCACCCCAAACUGAUCAAGCCCAACUGGCGAAAGAGUUUGGUGAGACGACAACUUUUCUUGGAAUUGGGAAUUCCAAUAGAUCUUGAUGAAAUAUUAAAUCCGAGCACGGAAAGAACGAUAACCAACAUUUACGGAGAAAGCGAGCUGUCAUCGGGUAAGUUUGACAGAGUUCACUCAAUGCUAAAGGACUUGGACCUCUCAGUAACGAUGGAAAGUGGAUUGAAGCUAGAGGAAAGAACAUACCAGGCAGUUGAUGAGACUGAGAUGAAUUUACAAACGCGGUUUUUCUUCGAAGAAUCGCAUAUCACAGAAGCUGAUCUCUCGGCCAAAAUUGAGAGCAUGAAAAGUCACAAAUCUCAGUUGUUGAUUUUAUGCAAGGAGUGGAUGAAUAGAAGAGAAAGCGUGAAAAGCGAUAAUGCCAUUUUCGAGUCUUACAUAGAGAAUAUGGUUGCAAAUACGCAGCGUUUCAGGAGAUUGAAGGCAACAAAGAAAUGA